CAGCGGUGGGAAGAGAGAGAUCACCGGUUCUACCUAAGUUUUACGAACAGGCCCGUUGACGGUCUGAUUCAGUCGGUAAAUAGUGAUUCUGUGAUAUCGGGACGGCGUUUCUCCUCUGCCCAGUCUCAUUUCUUCUCAGCUGGGAGAAAGAGAUCGCCGCCGGUCUAUGAAACGGUGGAUACCGACAGGAGGGUUCAACAAGCUGCUGAAAAGGGUGGCUGAGCGACGGCUGUUUGGAGUCAGUGUUUAGUGGUGCUGGGCCUGCAGGCUCUGGGCUGGUGGUGAGAGAGGAUGAAGAGGUUUAGGAAGCAUGGCCAGGAGUCCCAGAGAGACCGACUCAAACAGGAACUCUUCCAGUUCAACAAAACAGUGGAGCAUGGAUUCCCCCACCAGCCCAGUGCCCUGGGCUACAGCCCCUCCUUGCAGCUCCUCGCCAUAGGUACUCGGUCUGGAGCCAUCAAGCUAUACGGAGCCCCAGGUGUGGAAUUCAUGGGCCUGCAUGAUGAGAAUGCUGCUGUCACACAGGUGCACUUCCUUCCACACCAGGUUGAACUGGUGACCCUGCUGGAUGAUAACAGUUUGCACAUGUGGACUCUGAGAGCCCACAAAGGAGUUUCUGAGCUACUGGAGAUAGGACGCUUCACACUCACUGGACCCCCUGGUGCUCCCCCCAGUGUGACCAGAGUAACUGCAGUGCUGGCCCACUCCUCAGGAGAGUUGCUGCUGUUGGGGACAGAAGGGGGACAUGUUUUCAUUGUGGAAGUCCCCGGCUUCAGAGAGUUGGAGGAGAGGAAUAUCAGCCUUGAGCAAGUCACCAGCAGUGUACCAGAUGACUAUAUAGGCCGCAGGAACCUGGAACAUGUGGAGGCCUUGCAGGAGAACCCAGUCAACCCAAAUCAGGUUGUGAUUGGUUACGGACGAGGUCUCAUGGUCAUCUGGGACCUAGAGAGACAGUGUGCUGUCCAGCACAUUCCUGCUACACAGCAACUGGAAAGCGUGUGGUGGACGGAAGAUGGCUGUCAUAUUCUUAGUUCCCAUAGUGAUGGCAGCUAUUGUCGAUGGGGGGUGGGUGGAGAAGAUGCAGGGGAUGAGGAAGAGAAAUCCGAUAUUCCAUAUGGACACUUCCCCUGUAAGGCUAUUUCCAAAAUUGUCCAGUUACCAACUGCUGAAGGGCCUCCAUUCCUGCUGUUCAGUGGUGGUAUGCCCAGGGCCAGCUAUGGGGACAGACACUGUAUCAGUGUGAUCCACAGUAAAACGCACGUGGCUCUGGACUUCACCUCCAGAAUCAUUGACUUUUUUGUAAUCAAAGAUGGGCUGCAGCACACAGGUGAUCCUAAAGCGCUGGUAGUUCUGGUGGAGGAGGAGCUAGUGGUGAUAGACCUGCAGACUGAAGGCUGGCCGGUCAUCCAGACACCCUACCUGGUGCCCCUCCACAGCUCAGCCAUCACCUGCUCCCACCAUGUUUCUGCCAUCCCCCUCAAACUCUGGGAGAGGAUACUUGCUGCUGGAGAACUGCAGAAUACACACUAUUCCAAAAAGCCAUGGCCUAUAACAGGAGGACAAAAUCUGGCGCUGGACCCUCCUCUGAGAGACCUGCUACUCACAGGGCAUGAAGAUGGGACAGUGCGUUUCUGGGAUGCAUCAGGAGUGUGUCUCUGUCCCAUGUAUAAGCUAAGCACGGCCGGCGUAUUCCACACAGACGCUGACCCCAAUGAUAACAUGAACCAGGGCACUGAAGGCGAGUGGCCUCCAUUCAGAAAGGUGGGUUGUUUUGACCCCUACAGUGAUGAUCCAAGGCUGGGGAUCCAGAAGAUCCACCUCUGUAAAUACAGUGGCUACCUAACUGUGGCUGGCACUGCCGGACAGAUCCUUGUGCUGGAGUUAAAUGAUGAGGCAGCAGAGCAGACAGUAGAGGCUAAAGUGGUUGACUUGCUACAGGGUCAGGAGGGAUUUCGUUGGAAGGGCCAUACCCGCCUGGAUGUGCGAGAAGAGCCAGUGAUGUUUCCCCCAGGCUUCCAACCCUUUACCUUGGUCCAGUGCCAGCCUCCCGCCGUUGUCACUGCCCUUACACUGCAUUCAGAGUGGAAGCUAGUGGCUUUUGGCACCAGCCACGGCUUUGGGCUGUAUGACUACCAACAGAAGAACAACGUACUCAUUAAGUGCACCCUGAACCCCAGUGACCAGCUGGCCAUGGAGGGUCCUCUGUCCAGAGUGAAGAGCAUUAAAAAGUCCCUCCGACAGUCCUUCAGGAGGAUCCGACGUAGCAGAGUCUCCCUCAGGAAACACCAUGUGAACAAUGCUGCCAAGCUCCAAGAGGCAAACGCCCGCCUGGAAGCUGAGCUAGCAGAGAUGGAGCUGGCCCCCGUUCAAAGGAAGAUAGAGGCUCGCUCCUCUGAUGACUCCUUCACUGGCCUCGUACGGACGCUCUACUUUGCUGACACCUUCCUUUCAGACAGUUCUCAUAACACGGCCUCCCUGUGGGCAGGGACCAAUGGCGGCUGUGUAUUUGCUUACAUGCUCCGCCUUCCGCCUGUGGAGCGCAGAGCAGAUGACCCUGUCACUGCACACCCUGCCAAGGAGAUCCAGCUGAUGCACCGUGCCCCAGUGGUUGGUAUUGCAGUGCUAGAUGGCCAUGGAGCUCCUCUCCCCGAGCCCCUGGAGGUGGCCCAUGACCUGGCCCGCCUUCCUGACAUGAAGGGCUCCCAUCACCUGCUGGUCAUAUCCGAGGAACAGUUUAAGGUCUUUACCCUGCCAAAAGUAAGCGCAAAGAUGAAACUAAAGCUGACAGCCAUCGAUGGCUCCCGGGUGCGGAAGGUGGGUGUGGCUUGGUUUGGCAGCUGCCAAUCGGAAGACUAUGGCGAAAGCGGCCUAGUGGUUUUGACCAAUCAGGGGGAUCUCCACGUCGUGUCUCUGCCAGGGGUGAAGAUGCAGGUGCAACACCCCUGUAUCCGCCGUGAGGAUGUCAGUGGCAUUGCUUCCUGUGUCUUCACUAAGCACGGGCAGGGUUUUUACCUGAUCUCUCCGUCUGAGUUUGAACGUUUCUCCUUGUCUACCCGCUACCUGGUGGAGCCUCGCUCUCUAGUUGAGGUUCCUCCCCAUUCAGCCACCUCUACGCAACAUAGGGCAUGGCCUGAUGGAGCCUCAUUUGAUCACAGGAAUUCCAAAAGGGAAAAUGAAGAUGCAGAAAGCGCUGCUAGACGUGUUAUGGAGCAUGCUUUGCUGAAUGACGAGAAGGUACUGCAGGAGAUACAGAAGUCACUGGAAGGUGACCAGACAUCAUUUCUAGAGAACAAUGUCAAGAAUGCUCUACCUGGAGAGAAGGUGCUUAGCAAUGGAGACUGACCGAGUUUCCCAUGUGCCAAAAGGGUACUGCAGUCUAGCAGCAGCAUUUGCCUUCUGCUUCACCUACAAAACACGCCAACACUACUACCACAACCACUACUGACCCCCGACCCCUUGCCUCACCUCAGACUGACUUCCUGGUUGACUCUCAACUCAUCUUGGCCCUUCGUCGAGCACUACCAAAGGGCUUUUGUCAGUUAUUUUCUGUGAGGAUGAUGGAAGCAGACUUAAGACGACAAACUGCUUCAGCCAGAGGGGACGGCAAGGGACCACCGCUUGUGCCUAGAGACCAGCCACUGUUCCCCUUUGCUGAACUCAGCAGCUCUUCAUCCACACAUCCACCAGGCUAACGGUGACAGAUUGGCCAGAGCCAUGUAAUCGAAAGCAGUUUCACCAACAUUCCUAAAAGACGAAAUCUUAGCAUUACUGCCAUCAUGCCAGCAUCAAACCAGCAUCUCAAGUUUGACAUAGACAUGAGUAGUUAUUUUGACUAAAACGGCACCCUUACCUGUUUCCAUUCUGAAAGCCUUUUUUUUUUUUUUUUUACAACCAGCCUUUUUUGGUUUGACUUCACCUGUGGAACUGGUUAGUCCAAUCACAUGUCUCUGCAGCACAAUCUCACUGGCCUUCAUCUCCUCGAACGGACAGAAGCAUGAGGAGUAGGGGGAGAGGUUAUGUUUUAUUUCUAUGUUGAUGAAUGAUUUUUUAUGUAAGUUAAUCAUCUGUAUGUGAUUUGUGCCCAUUUUUAUUUUUGGUUGAUCGUGACGAAAUGUCAAAGUUGCAAAGACUCAGAUUUAACCAUCCAAGGGAAAAAAUGUUAUUGAAGCAAUGCUCUACAGCAUAAUGACACAGAAGCUGUUUUUGUUUGUUUUUUUUAACUAUUUUGCACCACACUGACAUUGCCAGCGUUUUUGUUUCUGAUGUAAUUUGAUUAUAACCGGAAUGUAUCAAGUGUAAUUAGUUAAUAACUAAAUCUGUCUACAAUCACCUGGCUGGUACAACUGCUUACACAUCCUUUCCUCCCUUCCCGUCCACUCUUCUCAUGUAAGUUCGUGACCUGCCACAGGUACGUCUCCACUUUUGUGGACGACACAAUGCUGUACUUUUUAGGGGAACAACUUUCUACGGGGUUUUUUUUAUUUUUAUUUUUUUAAUUGUCUUUUUCUUUUUUUAUGCAAACCCUUUUUUUUAUGCCAGCAAUGACAUGUAAUUUAGGAAUGUAAUUUUAAGAUAUUGUAGUCAAAUGUUUUAAUAUAUAUGUAUAUGAAUCUGUACCUGUGUCUAACAGUGGGUCUAUUUUAACUGGGGUUGGCUGCUAGUCUGAUCUUACAAGGAAAUAUUUUGGUACUGUUUCUCAAAAUGCUGGGUUUUUUAGCAUUUGUGGCCUAUAAUAUAUUUUUGUAGUGAUUACGUCUAAGAACCCUAAUGUGUUCAUUUGUAACCUCACGCUGCAGGUUCCUGCUUGAAAAUUAUUACAUGUUUUUCACGA